UGCCCUUUCCGAGUCUGCAACUAGUGUUUCCACCCAGUCAUGCAGACAAGACAAAGAUGCGUGGCGUCAAAAGGUUGAAGAAUUUGUCUUGCACGCUAGUCUGAAAAUUUAGUCUAUUUCCGGAGUGGUGUGCUGAUGUGGGGUGAGUUUUGGAUGUUAAAGCUAGUGUAGGAUUCUCUGCGCUAGUUUGAAAUUUGUGCUGUAGAUUGUUAGCCAUGGCGAUGGAGACAACGCAGACGCUCGUGUUGCAGUCAUGCUUGUCAGUGUGGCGGAUGCCGGGAAUUUCUAAGUACGUAUGGCCCAAUGUGGGUCAUGGUUUCCGGCUGCUACAGAGCAGUGAAAGAUUAGAUGUGGCUGUUGGCAUUCGAGGACUCUCUGCUAGAGCAGAGAAUCAUGCGCGGGUCUCCAAGGAAACGGCAAUGUACCAAUUGGCUAUGCGAAGAGUGAGAGAGAGCCAAUCAAUUUCAUGCGGUCGAGAUGUCGAGAGCCGUCAUGUGCUUCGUCCGAGCUUAAGAGGCACGCCCUAUUCUUUUUUUCCAGUCUCUUAUUAUCAGAGUUUCCUUCCCACUUACAAAGAUAGAGGAAGACGCGCACGCGUCAUCUUUGGUCCCACUUUAUCCUUAGGUCGGGAGAUGGACUCUUGUUUGUGGUAUUACUGGAAUGGCCAUGUGUUGGGGCCGUGGGUCACUGGAGGUGUAUUCAAUCCCAGAGGUGCAACCACCUCAGGUACAGCCGAGAUGCUGGUAUCAGUUUACCGGAGGAAUGUGGUGGAGUUGAGGAGAGGCGUGAGAACUGCAGCGUGGCUGCGUAGGCAGAAGGAGGAGGGUGACUGGCAAUUUUCUCCAGAAUGGUGGGGCACUCAGGGUGGAAGCUGGGGCCGGAAUGCUGGAGAGACAGUUUUUGAGUCCCUGUCGACUAUGGGGAACGGUGUCAUUUCAGUCACUGCACACCCAGCCUCUACUCCGAUACCAGAAGAGUGGGCAGUUGUAGAAAAGGAGCUGCAAGAGAGACAGGCUAGUCGGGGUCAUGGGCAGUUCAAGGUGCUUGGGUACGAAUGGAGGGUGCUACGUUUCAAUUCUAUUACUCGCCAAAGCGUCGCAAAAGUCAUGGCUGUGACCAAUGACCAACCACCUACGGAAGUCUUCCUGGUCCAACAACCAAACUGCAUUGCUUUCGAAUAUGUGAAAAGCAUGUUAUCUGUGGGACUCUCAACAAUCAGUCUAGCUGGCUACAACUUGGACCAGGUUACUCACAGAACAAGAAAUAUGCGAAUCCUGUGUGUUGGACUUGGAGGAGGGAGUCUACCACUAUUUUUAGCUCAUAACUUGCCUGGUGCAACAUUGGACGUUGUUGAAAUUGAUGGUUCUGUCAUCGAGGCAGCUGUAGAGACUAUGGGCUUUCCCCCUUGUGAAAUUCAUCGUUUGCAAGCAAAUGUGUCAUCCCAUGGUUUAGAAACUCGGAAUCAGAUUCGUUCAAAUGUUCCAGGAGGACAUUUAAAUGCAGGACAUGAAUAUGCCAUAAAUCAGGAGGUUCUAUGGGGAGGUCUCUUAAACAGAGUAACAGUGUACGAGGCUGAUGGAGAACAUUUCGUGGAAGAUUUGGUGCAAAAGAGAUUUAACGAGGAGCGUUUAAGCCGUCAAUAUUACGAUUUGGUUUUUGUAGAUGCUUUUGAUGGUGAAGAUGUUGUACCUACCAAACUAUGGACGAGAGAUGGAGCUUUUUUGAAAAAUUUGAAUAAGCUACUGCAUCCCAAGCAUGGCACUGUCGUGGUCAACUUGCACACUGACUCACCUCCACCAUCUAUUUUGGAGAAAGUGACUGGGCAGUAUCGAUCGGGUUUCGACCCCUCCUUAUCUCAAGGGAGAAAAAUACAAGAGGCCUGCUGCACUUAUCGGGAUGUUUUACUUCCCCCAGAAACUGGCACAGGGCCGACUGCAGGCCUUGCAUUUACAGUUGCAGUGCCUUCACAAGGGAACAUUAGCCUAGUAGUAUCAAGAGGCCUGUCAAUUCAGAGUCACCUUGACUCUCAAUCCCAGAACCAGCAAUCGGCUCAAGAGAAGCAGAUGUUUGUGGAGAAACUACAAGCCGAGUCAAAAUACGUUCAGAAGGUUUUGAACACUCGAUUGGACUUCUUCAAGCGCGUGUCUCGAGGAUUUCAAGUUGUGCAGGGGAGGGUGAGCCCAGCCAAAGUUCUCCAGUGAAUCCAUCAUCAAUAUAUUACCUUGGACCCACUGCAGGUCCACUUUGAGCGUAGUUUAGUUUUCAACGUAGAGUAUCCGCGACAUAGGAAGAGUUUCGAAGUCUAGCACCGGCUUUAUAUUGAUGAUUUGUCAUUUGUUUCCUUUGGGUGAAUAUUCAAGGCUGGGAAGAGUACUUUGGAUACUAUGUCUCAGAUGUGUGAAAGAAGGUGACUAUGACGUAGGGGCCGGAGCUCACCAACGUGAGCCUUUAAAAAACUUUUUGGAUUUGACUUCAUCCAAGUGCUCUUCGUUUAGCACCCAUGCCUAUUAAAUACGGGGAUUCUAAUCACCAGGAGAAAGAGUGAAAGGAAAAGUGAAUGAGCUUUAGGAAGACAGGUAUUUCCCCAAGUUUCAUUUGACCAAGCUUGGAGUCCUGGUCCUGAAACUUUUGCACACUGAAGCACUCCUGUUUCUGCUGUGCCGUAGCUACGAAACCCCUGUUGGAUCCUUAAUCCUGCUGGAGUUGCAUAGCAAACUUUCUUCAUGACUAUUUGAAAUGUUAGGUGCUCGACAUUGUAUAUGCUACGCAGGCGCGCUGUUUCUGUAGUUGCAAAUGCUAUGAACUGCUCUCUUUAGUAACAUCUAGUAAAAGUUAUCCUUCAAGUCA